AUGGUAAGAGAAUAUUUAUGAAAAUUAAGGUUGGAAAGUCAUAGAGGACGAUAAAUAACGUAUUUUAGGAGAUGAGAGUUCAAAAAAUAAAAAUAGUAGUGUUUGAAGAUGAAUAUAAUGGGGUGAGACUUAAAUCUCAGUUUACUUGUGUUUUGUAAUGA